ACAAACCGGCAAUGCGGUGUGAUUGUGAACUCGUUUGGCGGCAUUCUCAAGGACCAUUGUGUACCAGUCCUCCUUGAAAUGCAGCCAAAAGAUGCGAUGCGUAGUCGUAUGUCACCGAUGUGUUAAGAACUUCUCCGAUAAACGUAAUAGCGUAAGAUAAAUCGCGGUAAACAGAAGCGGCAUUAUUCAAGAUGGAAAUCUUAUACGUUAUAUCUGACGUCCUGAGUAUUAUAACCAUCACUUUGUGCCUUGUUUUGAAAAUACCACAAAUUUUAAAUUUGCUGAAAGUUAAGAGUGCUGUUGGCAUUAACCUGUAUGGAUUACUUUUGGAACUGACAAGCUAUACUAUUAUGGCAAGCUACAAUUUUUGUAACGAUUAUGCAUUGCUAUCGUACAUGGAAUAUCCAAUAAUUUUGGUGCAAGAAAUUAUUUUAAUUUAUUUGGUACUGAAGUAUAAGAAUAUGGUGAACACGCUGAGUUUCGCAAUAUUCGGGAUUUAUUUAGGAUUGACAUCGGCUUUUCUUACCGGCGUACUACCAAAGACGAUUCUGUCGAUUUUAGUCCCACUAUGUACUCCUGUCUCAGCCUCGAGUAAAGUUGUCCAACUAUUGGAAAUUUUAAGAACCAAGAACGCAGCUUCUGUUAGCGUUUUGACCUGGUUUCUAUCCGCAUUUACUAAUCUCACACGUGUAUACACCAUCUUCCUAGAUUCGGCAGACAUUACACUUUUGUCGAAUUUUAUUAUAUCUGUGAUACUAAGCAGUUCUGUUAUGGUAGCUGCUAUUGUGUACAAGAAGCCAAAGACAUCUUAAACAGUAGUAAUUUUUCUAUGUAGUGUGCUGUUUUGAACAAUCUUAAUUCCUGCCAUAUGGAUUUGCUAUAAGCUUUUGUAGGUAAAUUAUCUAAGAAUCGGUUAUCAACUCGGUGCUGACUAUAGACAUUACCAGAGCCAAAGCAAUUUGGUAAUAACACACUGCCUGACUGAUAGUAAUGAUGUAUAAUGCUUCCUUAGCAUUGCCAUUUUAGGAAGGACUCCACUUCCUGAGGAAGAAUGAGUUCCUUUCUCCUGUUUUUCUAGAUAUUGCUGUAUAAUGUAUGUGUGCUGUAACUUGAUACUUACUUCAUGAAGGAGGGAUCUGCUAUGAUCCCUGUCUCAUAGGUGGACUACUUUUCCUGUACAGGCAGUAUGUGAAACAAGCAUGCGCCUGAAGUGUAAUUGCUACAGUUUACAAAGUACUUCCAUACAAAGCUACCAUACACAGUGGCAGCUGGUGAUCAUGUGCUAAUGUGCUACAGCACACUAAACAUCACACUAAAAUUAUGCCUUUUCUCUUCAAAUGCUUGCCGGUGUGCAAAUGAAAUGGACAAAAACAUGUUUUGAGGUGCUCUCUCCAUGAUAACUGUAAACAGAAACCAGUGUUGAAAGUUGAAAUGAUGGUCAGUUGCACUACAAUAAACUCGGAGAAGGGGGAUACAGCUGUGUGUUUUUGACUGUGCAUUCUCUGAUGUGACAUCGUCGACUAAGGGUGUUUCAUUGCUUACAACACCAGGUCAGUAUUUUUCUUUGAAAGUGCAUGUAAAAUCUUAUGCAAGAAACAUGGCAAAUUGUACAGGUGAUAUGCUAAAAGAGGACUUUUUCUGUAGACCUUUUGAGUAGAAAGUGAGAGAGAAUGAGUUAGGUAGGUCUACUCCAAAUUUAAAUCAAGGGGGAGGGCAUGGGAUGGAGCUCACCGAUUUGGUUCAAACUACAUGAAUAGAAGUCAGUAGAUGCCUCUUCAAAGUUUCUAAAAUAUCGCACCUGAGUGGGACGUAGGAAAGGGUAAACAGUGUCUAAAGAUUGACAAGUACAGUAUGAGGGAUUUCUGAGCAGAGCAAUGGCUGUCAUAUCAAUGACGUGGCGCAGUGGACAAGCACACUGACUGACAAUUUGCCAGCUCAGGUUUGAUUCCCACUGCUACCAUUUUUUUGUUUUAGUACAUUCCUCGUAACAUUAAACUAUUAAUUAUAUAAUUUAAAUAUGUUUAUGCAGUUCAAUUUAUAUAAGUAAAAUUAAUGUAUUCAAUUCAGUUAUGAUUACCCUUGUAAGUCAAAAGGCUACAGGAGGUGUUAAAAACGAGAAUAUGUAGAAAUUUGAUAUGAAUUUAUAAGAAAAGAGUUGGAUCUUUGGGUGUGAUGUUCAUAAUGCACUCUUUUUGCUUUCCAUGCUUCUUAUUUGGGUACAGUGAUGGAUUGGGUGCAAAGGGAGUAAAAGGCAUAGGAUGUACUAAUGCAUUAAUAAGAAAACAUAGCAGGAAUCAUUAAAUACUUGAUCUUAGUGCAUUAGGUAAAGCUAAGGUCACAGCAAUAUCAAAUCACACCUAUCAUGACAACGUAGUGAAACACACUCUGUUUAUUUUUGUAAUAUUGUAUAAUAUUGAUAAAAUUUUUCCCGAGCUGUCACUGGGUUACCUGUGUAAGGUUAGCACUGAUCGGAAACUGUUAAGUAUUGGUGGACUUUAACUGGUUCCUCACCUCUGAGUAUACCCAUGAGAAGUGACAAGUUACAGUGUGCACAUAGUAAGUUAAUCUCAUAGGCAAUAUGUCAGUCAACUCGAAGCAGAAUUUACAGUGUAAUAAUGCAGCAUCUGUUCACUCAAGAACUCCAUAAAAAGACAUUUGAUAGGCUGUGUUGCUUAGAUUUUACUGUAUGAUAUUUUUGUAUAAUCAGCUCAUUUGAUAAGGUGUUUUAUGAAUCUCCUUAUACGUUUACAUUGAUUUUAAGGCACAUUGCAUUAUUAUGAUACUAGCGAAUCAUUCUAUUUUUCAUUACAAUUUCACAUUUAAACUGAGGGGGCUAAUGGAUUAAUGAAAAAGUACGCACCAUAGCAUGCAAUCAAGUAGAAUCAUUUCUGUAUUUGGAAAUGACACCUCUCUCUCUCUCUCUCUCUCUCUCUCUCUCUCUGU